AUGGCUGAAGACGACGUAAUGUACGCUGAUGUGAAGUUCACCAGACCAAGAGCCAAAGAUGAGGCUCCAGGAGCUGAAGUCGUUUAUUCUAACGUCAUGAUGCCACGAACCAAACAUCCAGUCUGUUCAAAGUGUGCCGUAGAUGCUCAACAAGCUGGACAGGGCAUAAGGUCAAAGGUCACYACAGAGCGAGUGGUCCUGCUGGUUAUCAUUGGCAUAUUGGUGGUUACCAUCAUCGCCCUCGCAGUCAAAAUAAAUUCCAGACCAAAAAUGAACACUGCAAGUCCAACAUGUCCUCCACCUCCAGCAGAACAAAAUCUGACAUGUCUGAAGUGUGAAGCAGGAUGGGAGAAACAUGGAGGAAACUGUUAUUAUUUCUCCACCACUAAAUCCUCCUGGAAUGACAGCAGACGUUCCUGCGUUGGUCAGAAAUCAGACCUGGUGAAGAUCGACAGCAGAGAGGAGCAGAUGUUCCUCAUAGGAAGAGUGAGAAACUUAAUGAAGGAGAAUCAGGACAAGUUCUGGAUCGGACUGACGGACUCAAAGGAAGAAGGAAAAUGGUUCUGGGUGGAUGGAUCAGCUCUGGAUCAAAGUUUGAGUUUUUGGAAUCAGACCCAACCUGACAACAAGGGUCCUGGUCAUUUAGCUGAAGCUGAUGCUGACUGUGUGAGGAUGGGAAAUAAAGGAAAUAAAGGAGGAUCUGAUGAUCUGAAGUCCUGGUUUGAUACGUCCUGUAAACAUCYUCAGAAAAGUAUCUGUGAGAAAACAGCUGGACUGAGUUCAUGUGUCUGAAGUUUAAGAUCAAGAAGCUGCAGAGAUGAAGGUUUUAUAAACAUGUUGUCACAUUUAAUAUUGAUUCUUUAAAUGCUAAAAUAAUCUUUACAUUUUCCAUCAAAAUUAUUUUUCCUUGAUUUGUUUUAAUGUUAUACUCAUUAUUAUUAUUAUUGGCUGUAUAAACUGUAAAAGCCUCGACUGGCCAACAGUAAACAGGAAGUUUGUUUCCAGGUUGUGCAUCAGAUAAAUAUGCUCCUUCCUCCACUUCCUGUUUUUACGUUUAGACUUUAGAAGCUAACAUGUUUCCUUCUCUACUUAAAAUGGUUUGUUUACAGUUGAAAACAAUGUGUUGCUAUAGCGAUGUCAUCUUCUGUGUUUCCCUUUUAUUCUUCACUUUGGUAAAUUAUCUAUAAUUACAGGCUGAGGUCAUUUUUAAAACACCAGUUUUUGUUUGAAAUKAUGUUUCUGUUUCUAAACGGUUCGCGGACGUUUAGGAUGAAUCUGGAAAAUAUCUGGUUUAUUCAUUUGUCUUUUUGAUCUCUGGAAAUAGUUUUAGAUGUUUAUUAGAUCUAAAUGUAGAAAUGUUGUAUCUGAGAUGAAAUAGUCUGCAAAUAAAAUGAAUG